AUAUUAUUCUAUCACAUGUUCUCCUUAGUUAGAUCUUAAAGAGAUGAACCUGUCGUCUGCCAACGUGACCGUCGUUAUUGAGUAUCGAGACUCCUUCACCAAAGCCGUGACCAAGAAUGUGAUCGUUGUGGUUCUCAGCAUCUCCAUCAACUACAUCAACGCAGGCCUCAUUCAAACCUUUCGCAAACACGAGAUCUUCUACAUGAAUCCUCGGUACAUCCUGUUUUUUCACCUGGUGGUCAACGACAUGAUCCAAGUGACGCUGACCGUCAUACUGUUCAUUAUCAGCUACAUCCUCUACAGAAUAAAUGUCUCCGUCUGUUGCGUCUUCAUCCUGCUGGCUCUGUUCGUCACUGAAAACACUCCUCUGAACCUGGCCUGCAUGGCGGUGGAGUGCUACAUCGCGAUCUGCAUGCCGCUCCGCCACGUGCAGAUCUGCACCGUGAGGAGAACUUUGAUGCUGAUCGGUUUGAUCUGGGCGACAAGCAUGUUGUCCGUUCUUCCUGAUCUGUUCAUCACCUUGGCCACGCAGCCUCUGGACUUCUUUUACACCAGAGUGUUCUGCCUCAGGGAAACUGCCUUUUCAAAUCCCCACAUUAUAAAGAAGAGGGAUAUUACUUAUAUUGUGUAUCUGGUUAUAGUUUGGUUUGUUAUCUUUUACACGUACUUCAGAAUUCUCUUCACUGCAAAAACAGCGAGCAAAGACGCUAAAAAAGCCAGAAACACCAUCCUCCUCCACGGAUUCCAGGUGUUGCUGUGUAUGGCAACAUACGCAGAGCCCCUGUUAAAAGAAGCUCUGCUGCACUGGUUUCCUAAGAAUUACUCAGACUCCCUGUUUGCUUGCUACAUCAUUGUGCAGAUUCUGCCACGAUCCAUUAGUCCAAUCAUCUAUGGCUUACGAGACAAGACUUUCAGGAGGUACCUGAGACAGUAUCUGUUAUGUAAAGUGAUCCCACAGUAAGCAUCAGUUCAUGGAUUAUCAGCUUUACAUGGAGUCAGGUCUUAAAAUGAUA